AUGAAACAACCCAUCUUAAAUAAGGGCUCAAAACCUGAAAAGAAUCCAACUUCUUACAAUAAUGAUGGUUUUGGAAGAGAUACAUAUAUUUCCUAUAAUAAUGGUGGAAAUUUCGGUACUGAAUUCAGAUUUCUUACUAUACAAUAAAACAGAUCAGGAAUGAAUAUGAUGCCAAGUCCUGCUUCUAGAGCAUCAGAAGUGCCUUAACGUAUAUUCUAUUAAUGUGAUGGAACUGGAAGAGAUACAUAUGUUUUGUAUUAUCUAUCAUUUAUUUAGAUAAAAUGUAUAGGAAAAAUACUCUCCGAUGCAAAAUUAUAAGAGAAUGCUCAGAAGUUCAGAUCAAUUCUUCUCCACUCCUAAAUAUAGGUAUGAAUUGCCACCUCUUGCAAGAGAAAAGUUUAGGAGAACCCAAUAAUCUUAGAGGAGUCUCAUCGGUCGAUUAUCAUAACCUAAAAUAAAACAAAGUUGUUGAAUUAUAAU